GGAUGAAUCCGGGCACGGAGAUCCAGAAGCCGCUGCGGGCCAGGAAGACGAUGCCUCAGAGCAGCCGGAAGCAGAUGGGGCACCUGAGCAGGAGGAAGGCUGGGGAAGGAGCUGUGGGCCCAGCGGGGCCGGUUGAAGCCAGCGGGGCCCAGGAAGAGGCUGGAGCCAGGCUGAAGCCACUGCCGGCCAAGGAGCCCCUGGCCGGCUUGCUGGUGAAUUCCGAAAUCAGCAUCUAUAAGGACCCCCAGGAGAUGCUCCAGGACCUCCCCAACCCGGGGGUCCGGCGGUUCCUCAGUGCCAGCACGUUACAGGAUAUCCUUUCUUACUAUUACGAAAAGGACUCUGGCUGCCCCUUGUCGAAGCCGGUCGAAGCGUCCCUGGAAUCAGCACCGGCUGCCCAACUCCCAGAUCGGCUUCCAGUGGCCUCUUCCACGCACAAAAAGGCAGAUGUAGCAGCCGAAACGCCCGGCUGCCAAACUCUUCCGGCGUUGCAAGAGGAAGAAAGACGCUUUGGGGUGCCCGAAACAGACGGGGUGAUGCCCGCAGGGCCCCUGGGAGACGGCCAGAGGAAGAGGACGGCGUCCAGCAGCGGCGAGGAAGGCAGCGUCCUUUCCAAGCGCAGCAAAGCCUCCGGGGACCCCGCACAGCGGACCACCCCAGCCGUGGAGAAAGCGGAGUCCGGCCUGGAAAAGGCCAGGGGGUGGAUUCGAAGUCAGCUGAAGGCCUCAAUGAGGGAAUUUGACCAGGGUCUCCGACACUUGAGUGAAAGAAUUGAUCGCACUCAGUGCCUGCGGAAACACGAAGGCAUCGCUAUUAAGAUUGUA